AUGAUGGCAGCUACAUUGAACGGGGCGCUCAACUCAGCCCCUGACACACCCUCUACCAUCUAUCCCGAUCGUUUGAUCCGCCCUCUUCCAAGACGAACAUUGCGCUCUCGUCUCUCAUCGGACGCCGCGGACACGAUCUACUAUCCUCCCACACCACCCGCAUCCCAGAUCUUCUACGGUGUCUCCGCAGAUUCUGAAGAUUCGGUGAAUGAGUCUAAGGUGUACGUGCAACAGACCGUUGAGACCGAAUUGUCGCCGGGGGUGGAUGCCCAUAACUUUGAGACAGCUGUAGAGUUGGAGAGCGGAGAGGAAGAUGGUCCUGUAGUGGUCCGCAGAAGUGGUGUUCGGAGAUCCUCUCUCUCCCCCUCCAUCUCCAGCAAUCAUCCCAACUUCCCUGUUGACACACCCCACGUCAAGUCUUCGUCUGGCCCCGACGGCUACGACGCCUUCGAGAAUACGAAUAACAAGAAGAAGCGAAAAAUCCCCACACCAGGCAAUUUGGGAGGACAUCACUCAACCUUAUCACCUGAGUUUGCCAGCAUGGGCUGUGCGAGCUCAACCCCCGCGCCUCCGCCUCCUCCGCCGCCGCCAGCUCCAGUGGACCCAACCGGCACAUACAAUGGCAGUGGAACUCCAGCGUCGCCAUUGGCCAGUGGAAUUUCUGGUUCGGGGAGAGGUCGUCUAGGAAGGCCUAUCGUGCGUAGCAGCAGCAGAACCGCGUUGUCGGCGAAUGCUCAGAAUGGAUGGAUGCACACCCGAACACCAAGUCGGCGCGAUGCACUGAUGUCAUCCCCCGAUCCUGCCGGUGAAUCGUCUGACCAAGGAAUUAUCUCAACUGCCAUUGCGAACGCAACCCUUUCCUCCCCUCCACGGGGUCCCAGCAAUGUCAGUUUGCUAGAACAAGAGAACACCACGCCUACGAAGACCCAAUUCACAUUCACCUGCGAAUCGGACUCUUCAAAAGGAAUGGCCAUGCAAAGAAAUCACUCUAUUCCCAACCGCUCGCCUACUUCACCUCUUGGUCCUGCAAGUCAGAAGCAGAGAGGAUUUUCCACCCAAGGAACACAAACCAGUCCCAAUAUGGGAGCGUCCAUGAGCCAACAUGCCCCACCAGGCGCGCAGCAAACUGCUCAAAAUGGGGGAGAACCACCUGUCGUCCCUAAGAAAAAGCGGUCCCCCGCAAGCAUCUAUGCAAUGUCAGCACGACAGCGCAAGAUUCAGCAACAAUACACGAACCUGCACCAUCCCCCAAGCCUGGAGGACAUCUGGAUAUGUGAAUUUUGCGAAUACGAGAGCAUCUUUGGGCGUCCCCCCGAAGCUCUUAUCAGACAAUACGAGAUGAAAGACCGCAAAGAGCGCAAGCGAUUGGCUGAAAAGAAACGGCUUUUGGAAAAGGCCAAAAUGAAAGGUCGCAAGACCAAGAAGGCGACGAAGAACGCAUCGAAGAAUACCCAGCCCUACCAACAGGGAUACGACCGCGCUUCGGUUGACCACUCCUCCGCUGGCGGUUCAGGUCUUCCCGACGACGAAUACAAUGGCCACGAGUAUGAUGAUGAACAUUCACCAAUACCGCCGUCUGCGCCUGCCUCGCCGACCGAUCUUAAACCCCCGCUUCCAGCCACUAAUCAUCCCAAGAUAGCGGCUUCCGUCCCUGGUAUCAAGGGACCUGCGGAUGCUGGGGCAAGUCGACCGGCAUGA